AUGUCUUCCUCUGCGCCUCGCGGCGGCGAGCGCAUGAUCCAUCAGGAUUUCAUCGCCAGAAUCAGAUACUCCAAUGCCCUACCGCCGCCCCCCAAUCCGCCGAAGCUGCUCGACAUUCCCAACACUGGUCUCGCCAGCGGCCAGUAUACGACGCCCGGCUUCGCAUCGCGUCUUGCCAGAGAGCAGCCGUUGAACAUCGAGGUCGACGCGGAACUGGGUAUGCCCCUGGACCUGGUUGGCAUGCCAGGUAUCUUCGACGGAGACGAGAGCUGUGAACCGCUGUCCACACUAGGCAGAGCCAAGAGCAGCACCGAAGCCUCGGUCUCUUUCCUUCGCAGAACCGAAUACAUCUCCUCCGUGAUGCCCCGAAAGGGUGCUGCCGGUGCGACCGGCGCCUUUAUAAACCCCAAGCUCAAGCGUCCCGAGAAGCGCCGCUCGCCGGAGCCUGACAAGGACUCUCCCGCUGCCAUCAGACGCAAGAUCGAAAAGAGCUUCGAGAGCGCCGAGCGCUUCAUCAGCAACCCGACCCGUCAUCGCCACCCGAGCAAGCCCAACGUCCGCCUCAUGUCAUCCCACCAGCUCCUUCCCGAUCACGACGCGCUCCCCGACUCCGGCGCCUACGUCACCGUCAAGCUCCUCACCAACCCUGUCGCGAGCGGCAACAAGUACGACCGCCGCCUCCUCAGCGGUCUACUGCGACCCCUCGACAGAAGCCGUGAAGAGAACGAUGCAUUCCAAGCCGCCGUCGAGGCUCACGAGCGCGACCCCGCCCGCAACCCCAAGCCCCAGAACCUCAUGGACUACAGCUUCUUCUUGCCCGCAUCAGUUUCCACAGCUGAGAACUUCCGCUCCAAAUUUGAUCCAGAGAACCCCGAUAAGGACGACGAUUCUCUGUACACACAUAAGAGCGAAGGCACCGACGGUUGCUUCAAGUUCUCGCGUCUCCGUGCCUACGAGACAACCAAAGAAACGGAGCUGGACCACAACACCAAGUACGACGAGGAGCUCAUCCUUGCCUUCAACGACGAGCCGACCAGCACCCGGCAGAAGGCCGCCUACUACUACCCUGUUAUCCAACGCACCCAAAUCCGCCCUCAACGUGCCAAGAACAUUGCACGCACUCUCACCCAGGUGGAGGACGACACCCAGGUCGUCAACGAAGUUGAGAUUUCCGUCUGCGACCCCAAGGGUACGACCGCGGAGAACAUGAAGCGAUACCGUGAGAAGCCGAUUGGCUUCGUGGAGGAGGUCCAGGAACCUGAAGGAGCCGAGGGCAAUGGCGAGGAAGCUGCCCUUCCAUCGCCCAGCCCUGAGAGGGAUGCUGACGGCGAUGAAGAGGAUGACGAUUAG